GAGGAGACCAGCCUGGUCUACAAGAGCUAGUUCCAGGACAGGCUUCAAAACCACAGAGAAGUCUUCUUUCGGCCAUCUUCCCGCGCCACCACCAUGGUGCGCAUGAACGUCCUGGCCGAUGCUCUCAAAAGCAUCAACAAUGCAGAGAAGAGAGGCAAACGCCAGGUCCUCAUCAGGCCCUGCUCCAAAGUCAUCGUUUGGUUCCUAACCGUAAUGAUGAAGCACGGUUACAUUGGUGAAUUUGAAAUCAUUGACGACCACAGAGCUGGGAAGAUCGUCGUGAACCUCACCGGCAGGUUGAACAAGUGUGGAGUGAUAAGCCCUAGAUUUGAAGUGCAACUCAAAGACCUAGAAAAAUGGCAGAACAAUUUGCUCCUGUCCCGUCAGUUUGGCUUCAUUGUACUGACCACCUCAGCUGGCAUCAUGGAUCAUGAAGAGGCAAGACGAAAGCACACAGGAGGGAAAAUCCUGGGAUUCUUUUUCUAGAGAUG